AUGAGCAGCGACACCACCGAAGAAUCCUCCACCAAGACUUCGGGUGCUUCCUCUCUGGCACCUAGCACGGCAUUGUCUCUCGAAACCAGCGUGACUUUGGCCGUGUCUAUUGAUGACAAUGAUGCAUCUCCACCGCACUUGCCCGGCUCGUCCGAGGAGAGCCAGCACCCGGUGGAUCCUAAAGUACCGGGCAAGAGUGAUGGUAUCCGCGACGAGCCUGAGGCAAAUGUAGCGGAACCCACCAGAAGUGAGAUCGAAGCUCGUUUUGCGACCCUUCGCAGGAAGUUACGCUAUGGCGAUUACAUAAGCGAAUCGCGCCUCUUUGACGACGACGACAAGGCCACAUUUCUUCUCAAGUCCAUGAGAUCGGUGCAGUGGAUUCACGAAGCUCUCACCGCCCUGAACACAAAGAAAGAGCCCGAGGAGCCCGAGCCGACAGUGCGUCUUAUCGCUACCCCGGAGGCCAAGCAUUUGACAUGGAAAGAAUGGGAGGCGUCGUCGGGAUCUAACAGUGUGCCGCACUCGGCCUUGUACAUCUUGUCUGAAGAACCCAAUUCCAUGGCCAAGCAGCUACCGUCGCGCAUCCGCAUUUGUUCGUUGGCGGCCAAAAGGAUUAUCGACACGAUGUUUGACGACAAUAUACCUUGGAGCAGCAACUGCCCGAUUGUACUUCUGCGUCCAUAUAAGCUGCUGACUUAUUACGACCAGAAAAUUCGAGAUCGUCUGUCCGAGCUUGAAAAGUCCUGCAGCGACCAUCUCCAACAGACGGCCGACGAGAAGGAGGCCGAGAUUGAGACUGGCGGUCGCUUCGAAAUCGAAGGAACGCAGAUCUUUGCUACGGGCACAAACUGGAGCACCCUCACGCUGAAAGAAAAGCAGGAGGCUGCCAAGGACCUGCGCGUCGUGGUAUCGUUUAUGGACGAGUACCUUGCACCGCUGGCGCCUUCGGGACUUCUGUUCAGGGCCGAACGCCUUGUACGCUUCAGCGAACUCUGGCACUUCUUGAUUCCUGGCAGCCUAGUUUACGUCCGCGACCGGACCGUUCCGCAGAAGAUCUGGAAGGUGCUGCAGGGAUCUGGUGGCCGCAGGCCUUUGUCCACCAAUUCGGACUCUGCUGAUGCGCUGGCGUUGGGCGCUCGCUGGCUCCGAGAGAAGCGCAACCCGUUCAGUCUGGACUGCUACUAUAUCGAUUACGACGGCACCGACUUUGUGCGCGUCAUCCGGACCUUCACCAUCGAGGAGUUCCCUGAUGCGCAGCAGGCAAAGUUGCUCCAGAUCCUACCGAUCUCAAUCGCGGAGCAGGAGGGGCUCGUCAAGGAAAGAGACCUGAUGGAGAGGGGGAAGGCUUUCAUAAAAUGCGCGACUAUGCCCUACAAGUACAUGUACUACCGCGGCCGGAGUCUGAGCCAUGCCCCCAAUGGGGACGUGUUGACACGGCCUUUUCCAGGAAGCCUCGGGAGCAUCGCGGUGCUCUCCGAUUUCAUCGAGAGUCCUGUAGUGGUGGACUUUGAGAGAUGCCUUCAGCUCGUACCGGACUGGAGCCCGACAAGGUCGACCGAGGAGCUGCUCAAGGGACCGGAGAACGAAUUGAAUGGCGACGGAGCCGACGAUAAUAUAGAAGACGACCGCGUCUGGGAUGUUCGCAUGCUGAAGGAAAUACUACCAAAGAAGGAGGCAUGGGAAGAUCUUCAGAUCAACCUUUCGCACAAAAAGGUCAUCGAGUCGCUGAUGCGGUCUCAUUUCGAGAAGAGCAAGUCGCAGCGCCGUCAGUUUGACCUGAUCCAGGAUAAGGGCAAAGGCCUCAUCAUACUGCUGCAUGGUGUUCCCGGGGUCGGAAAGACCUCCACUGCAGAAACGGUGGCAGAGUAUUACAACAAACCUCUGCUGCCGAUCACGUGCGGCGAUUUGGGGCUCACCCCACAGGACGUUGAGAAAAACCUGCAAAAAUCGUUCGCGCUUGCCCAGGCAUGGCAGUGCGUCCUCCUGCUGGACGAGGCGGAUGUGUUCCUGGCUGAAAGAAGUCGCGACAGCAUCGAGAGGAAUGCUCUGGUGUCCGUCUUCCUACGCGUCCUCGAAUACUACGAGGGAGUCCUUUUUCUUACGACCAACAAGGAUAGGAGACCGGAGUUCAAGCCGGUGUGGAAUGGCCGGCAGAUCCGCAACGCCUUCCAGACCGCCGUCGCGCUCGCCGAAGUCCAGCAGAAAGUGGGGAUGGGAAUCAAGGUGACAGAGUCGCACUUCGAGCAGGUUUCGCUGGUGUCGAACGAGUUUAAUACUUACCUGUGGCGGACGAAGCUGCAGCGUGGUGACGACGUGCUGAAUCUGAAGAAGGGGUACCGCGACGACACGUUCCGGGACACAGUGCCGUCCUAUGCAAACGAUGGCUACGCGAACAAUCUCGCGAUGGCGACCAUGCAGAACUUCACACCGCAGGCUACAGGCGCUCCCGGUCCGAGCUACCCAGUUUCGAGCAUGCCCAUAUGGGGUAGCCACAGGCAGGAUGGCAGUGGGCAGCCAGCGCAGGCUAACAAUGCCUCUUUCAUGCCUGGCUUCUCUCCCUUUGGAACUCAGCAGCCGCCACAGCAGCAGUCAUCGUUUCAGGCGUCGGGAUACCAGCAACAGCCAGCACAAACAUCGGUCUAUGCUCAGUCCGGCCAGCAGCAGCAGCAGCAGCUGCCGGCCAGCUACGGCAACGCGGGAGGACAGAGUUUUGCCGGUGGCGGUCCCGCGGGAUCGGGGGCCCUACAGCAGGGACAAAAUCAAGGCUUGCCUUCACAGCAGUCCUUGUAUAACCAUCAUGGCUAUUCUGGAUGA